GCCCAUGCGCAUGCAGGAGAAUGUGCGUGUGUCUGCGUGUGGGCAUGUGUGAGUGCGUGUCGUGUUUGUGCGUGUGUGUGUGUGUAUCACUUGGUUUCUACUGGUGGCAGCUGUUGUGGGGUUUGAUUGAGCCAGUACUACUGUGCCUAUUUCGGGAGCCUGUGUUCUUCAAAAGGUCAGCCGGAGGAAAGACGGCGUAGUAGACAGAGAGAGCGUGUGUUUGUGAGUAGUGAGUAGUAGAGCAGUGACCAACGAGCGUGUGUGCCUGGACAGCAAGACUGAGAGGAGAGGAGAGGAUCAGAGGGGGACACAACAGAACAGAGAAAGACUGGCAGAACCGUGCUGCAAAUCAAAGGAACAUACAGGGGGGAAGAAAAAGUGCCUUGUAGUUCCUUGACUUGUCAGUGACAUCGGGGCUACUUGAUUCACGUUUGCUCAGAGUGGUCAGAAGAAAUGGGGGACUGCGAGUGUGAGUCACCUGGCAAUCUUUCAGAGGUUAACAACAACAACAUGACCUCAAAGACGGACGAUUCGGCAAAGGACGCCAUCACAGACAACGUAGUGGAGGAGAAUGGGAACACGGAGGAGGAGAAGACAGCCAAUAAGGACGGUGGAGAGGAGGAGUCACAGGCCACAACAGCCAAUGAUGACAAGGCGACCACAAGUGAGGGAGGAGCACAUGAAAAUGACAACACAGAAAAGUGCACAAAGGUAGAAGAAGACAAGAGUGAUAAACAAGAAGAAAAGAAGGAUGAAGAGAAAGAGAAAGACCAAAGUGAAGAUGUAGAGAACGCAAAUGUUGAAACCAAUACAUCAGAUGAAAAGCAGGCUAAAACACAGAAAGAGGAAGGCAAGGGCGAUACUGCAGAUAAGAAGAAAGCCAAAGGAGAGAAAGAUGCCAAGUCUAAGAAAGAGACCAAGCCGUCUGAAAAGCAGAAAGGAAAAGAGGAGAAGAAACCAUCCGGGAAGUCAAAGAAUGAACCAAAGCAGGUGAAGGAGAAAGAGGAGGCGGGGAAAGAAAAGACCAAAAGCAAUGAGACGGAGAAGAAGAGACCUGCACCUCCAGUGGGUCGGCCGAGACUACCAGCUCGCCCAUCCGCCCGGAGAGAUGCCAUGGCCAAAUUUGAACAGGGACAACCUGCGGGCCAGCGGGCCAACUUCAAGGUGCAGCGCGUGUCAGUGGGCGUGGCCAAUGGUGGAUCAAUCAAACAGAAAAUCAUCCAAUGGUGUCGAAGCAAAACACAACACUAUGAGGGUGUGAAUAUUGAGAACUUCUCCUCGUCGUGGUGUGAUGGCCUGGCGUUCUGUGCCCUCAUCCAUCGCUUCUUCCCUGACGCCUUCGACUUUUCCACGCUGAACGCCAAGGAGAGGGAGAAGAACUUCACACUGGCCUUCAGCAUGGCAGAGUCCCUUGCAGACUGCUGCCCCCUGCUGGAGGUGUCUGACAUGCUCCUGAUGGGGAACAACCCGGACCCCAUGUGCGUCUUCACCUACGUGCAGUCCCUGUGCCACCACCUCUCCAAGAUCGAGAAGAAGAGGAGAGAGGAGCAAGAGGAGAAGAAGAAGGAGGAAGAGGAAGGUGGAGAGGACAAGACAGGAGGUGAUGAAAAGACUGAUGGUGAGGCUGGGGAAAAGGCAGUGGAUGCUGAAGAGGAAAAGACAGAAGGAGCACAGGGUGAAGCUGACACACCAAGAGAAGAGAUAGGAAGUGAGGCGUAGGUGUUAAGUUGGAGUACUGCUAUCCUGGCAAACGGAAACAUGAAAAAAGGAGUUGCACACAAGAGCUACAUGCUAAAAUAAUAGCAUUGAGAAACCAAAUGAAUAGGCUAAGCCAAACACAGAAAAUUGUAAGUAUUUCAAGUUGAGCCCAUUAUAUAAUAUACCUUUCUGCCUUUGGUUUACUUGAAAUUGUUUUUUCAGUAGUUGUUUACUGGUAGCAUUUAGCACUUGUCUGUGAUUAUUCUUUAUUGUUUCCUGGAUUGGUUUUCUGGAUUUGGAAUUACAUCACGAGCAAGAUGCUCAAUAACCAACAUAAAGGCGUGGACGCCACCUUCUCCUGGUUAUUGACAAACAGAAAAAAAGAAGAGUGAAUGAAAAAAGUGAGACAAAGCAAGAAAGAAUGAAAUAAAAAGAUUUUGAAAGGUCACAGAGACAUUGAGAGAGUCUUAAUGCUACUCCUACACUGUUUUUUAUAGUUUACUUUGAACUAAUCACUCAACUGGAGUUUUGCUUGUAUGUUUGUAAAGUAAUAUUUGUACUACAAACCCCAACUCCGGUGAAGUUGGG